CCCGCCCUCUGAGUCAGGCCCUUCAUUAAUCCUCUCCUGGAGCACAGGUCUCCAUUCCUGCUACUCUGUCUUCUUUCUUGGGGGGAAGACAGAAGGAGAACUCCCUCUGGUUGCCAUGAACUCUGCCAUCGGCAGCUGUGAGUCCCCCCACUGCCUGCAAAGGGGUGAUGGUGUGCUCAGCCCCCCCACUGAAGGCAAGAAGCAGGAUGGGCAUCGGAAGGGUCCAAGCAGCAGUCACCUGGCCUAUGGCAUCCUGGAUAUCCCGCCAUGGUAUCUCUGCAUCUUCAUGGGGAUCCAGCAUUUCCUCACAGCCCUGGGGGGCCUCGUGGCUGUGCCGCUCAUCCUGGCCAAGGACCUGUGCCUGCAGCAUGACCCCCUGACCCAAAGCUACCUCAUCAGCACCAUUUUCUUCGUCUCUGGCAUCUGCACCCUCUUGCAAGUGUUUUUAGGGGUCAGGCUGCCCAUUCUCCAAGGAGGAACCUUUGCCUUUGUGGCACCCUCUCUGGCCAUGCUCUCUCUUCCCGCCUGGAGAUGCCCGGAGUGGACUCUCAAUGCCAGCCAGGCGAACAUCAGCUCUCCUGAAUUCACUGAAGAAUGGCAGAAGAGGAUCCGAGAGUUGCAGGGUGCUGUCAUGGUGGCCUCCUGUGUCCAGAUGCUGGUGGGUUUCUCUGGUCUCAUUGGCUUUCUCAUGCGCUUCAUCGGCCCCUUGACCAUCGCUCCAACCAUCUCUCUGGUGGCUCUGCCUCUCUUUGAUUCUGCAGGCAGUGAUGCUGGGACCCACUGGGGGAUUUCUGCCCUGACCAUCUUCCUCAUUGUGCUGUUUUCUCAGUACCUCAAAAACGUCAUGGUUCCUGUGCCUGCUUAUGGAGGGGAAAAGAAAUGUCACAUCUCCAAGUUCAGACUGUUUCAGGUCUUCCCUGUGCUGAUGGCCCUGUGCAUCUCAUGGCUCUUCUGCUUUGUGCUCACUGUCACCAACACCCUCCCUGAGUCCCCCAUGGCAUAUGGAUACAUGGCCCGCACCGACACCAAAAGCAACGUUCUGAGCCAAGCUCCCUGGUUUCGCUUCCCUUACCCAGGACAGUGGGGCCUUCCCACCAUCAGCCUGGCUGGCGUCUUCGGGAUCAUCGCUGGAGUGAUCUCCUCCAUGGUGGAGUCGGUGGGUGAUUACCACGCCUGCGCUCGGCUGGUCGGGGCCCCACCCCCUCCGAAGCAUGCCAUCAACCGCGGCAUUGGCAUUGAGGGCCUUGGCUGUCUGCUGGCCGGGGCCUGGGGGACCGGGAACGGUACCACCUCCUACAGUGAGAACGUCGGGGCGCUGGGCAUCACCAGGGUCGGGAGCAGGAGGGUGAUUGUGGCUGCGGGCUGUGUGCUGCUCCUGAUGGGCAUGUUCGGGAAGAUCGGGGCUGCGUUUGCCACCAUCCCUACCCCGGUGAUUGGAGGCAUGUUCCUUGUCAUGUUCGCGGUCAUCAGCGCUGUGGGGAUCUCCAACCUCCAGUAUGUGGACAUGAAUUCAUCCAGGAACCUCUUUGUGUUUGGCUUCUCCAUCUACUGUGGGCUCGCCGUCCCCAACUGGGUGAACAAGAACCCCGAGAAAGUGCAGACAGGGCUUGUCCAGCUGGAUCAGGUCAUCCAGGUGCUGCUGACCACAGGCAUGUUUGUUGGUGGGUUUCUGGGCUUCGUCUUGGACAACACCAUCCCUGGCAGCCUGGAGGAGAGAGGUCUUUUGGCAUGGAGUCAAAUCCAGGAGGAUUCUGAGGAGACCCCGAAGUCCUCAAAGGUCUAUGGCCUUCCCUGGGGGAUUGGCACCAAGAUCUGCACAUCUUCAUGUGCCCGGAUCCUCCCCUUCUGGCCCAGGCUAGAUUGCCAUGGGGAUGAGGUGGGAGCAAGCCAGCUCACUCUGUGUUCCCAGAUUUCCUCUGGGAAGCACCUGUGGACUGUUACAGAAACCAAGAUGUGAAGAGAAUGGUCCCACCCCCACCUCCUCAUGGCCACCCAUCUGCCUGCAAAAUGCAAGGGUCUCUAUUCAUGAGCAGGCACAAAAGGGUCCUUCCCAGGACCUCCCGCAUGGGGCCACUGCGGUGGCCAAGCAUGAUCAGUGUGGAGCUGGCCUCAGGGUGUCCUUUCUGCUGUCGCUCAGCUCCCAUGUGGACAAUGGGAUCUACACAGAAGCCUGCUCUUCUACUAUGCUUGGCAAUAUUCUGGCACAUCGCGAGGAGGAAGCAUGGGGUCGAACAGGGGCAGGCUGUUUGCUGAAAGGUCAUGGGGCCAGGCAGCCUGUACUCCCAGCCAUUCAACAGGCUGUACGGGAGCAUCACAGACUCCGCGCUUGUCUGUGCUACAAACCGACUUUAAGGCUAGCUGGGGCAACUUAGCAAGAUCCUGUCUCAAAAUAAAAAGUAAAAAGCAA